CUCGGACGUGAAGCUAAUGAACGAGGAAUUGUCCCCUCAAACAAUUACAUUGGCCUUGAUCAUAAGGCUUUACUUAUCAAAUGAUCUACCUGAAAGCAAAUUUUUAUUAAGUUUCAUCACUCAAUACCUAGAAGGAUAUCCGAUUAGCGAGGACAAAGAGUAUUCAGCCAACCCCACAUUACUUUCUUUAUGCUGUUCAAUUCGCCGAACUUAUGAAAAUUAUUGGCGAAAUAAUCUUACUGCAGAUACUAAAAGGCAAAGAGAGUUAUCUGUGGAUGCAUUUUGUCUAAAAAUCCUUUCCAUACUAUGGAGUAUUGACUCCGCUGAUCUGUUACUUCUUAUUGUGAAUGAUACGUAUGACUUCGUUUCUCAAAGACUUACAAUCACAUAUAGUGGUCUGCGUAAAGUCUCCCAGAGAUCUGUCAUUGGUCGGUUUGCUCAGAAGCUAGCAGUGUCAGCGAAGCUACUACAUUUCGAUGAAAGCUCCUCAUUGUUUAUCAAUUUUUGCUUGUACCGCUCAACCACUCUGGAUCAUUUCAAAGAGCUAAAAAAUACUUUCGACAAAAGUAAAGAAAUUCACGAUGCUAAUUUUUUAUCUUCGGUAGCCAUUUAUCAACUCGAUGACGUUUCCGUGAGCUCGGACUCUCAUGGGAACGCCCUGUCCCACGAGUCUCAAGAUCAUGUAUUUUACAAUACACUUAAUUCAAAAUUGGAUUCUCUUAACUAUGCUCUGACUGGGGACAAUGGAACAAGAAUCCAAAAUUUCACACCUUCGUACGUGGAGUCCUUAGUGAAUACUCAAAUCCGACUUUUACAAAGAUAUGGAUCUUCCACGCCAGCAGCCCUUUGGGUUGUAUUUUCUCGUAUGGUGUCCUGUGAGAAUGAAAUUGGCAAAUAUAAUGAGUUUAAUAACGGGGAGUUAACCUCCUUCUAUUAUCUCACUUAUUUGGAAAAUCUCCACUCCGGAGACUAUAGAGGUGCAUUCGACUCCUUGCAUCGUUAUUUUGAUUACAUGGUUUCAAAAGGAUCGCGGUACUUCUAUCAUUUUGCUUUGAUUUCAAAAGCUUCUUUGCAUCAGUAUUUUGGAGAGAAUGAAAAGGCCCUUGAUUCAAUAGAAGAAGCAAUUUCUGUUGCCCGCGAAAACAAAGAUAAUUCAACACUCACAUUCAUUUUAUCUUGGCUUUUCGACUUUGUGAGGAAGAACCCUUCCUUGCAGGACACGAGAACAUUUAGUCAAAUCAAAAAUCACCUGCAACUUCUUGAUUCUCUUGUGCAAAAGUCUCUGAGCAUAUCCCUUCUGUUGGCAGCGAUCAGUUAUAGAUAUGAAUCUGAGUUUUAUCUCAACAGCGGGGCAUGCUUUGCUAGAUACUAUGAAAGUCUCUUCAAAUCCAACUACUUAUCUAUCAACGACCAUGUUUCAUCAUUCAUCGGUGGCUGUCAUGCUACAUCAAAUUUGUGGGAGCUUGUUGGUUCACCGCAUCUAUCAAGUUUAUACAACGAUUUGGGUCUUCUCUACUCUGAGGAACAUGGCACAUCUUCUGAUAUGCAAGAGUUCAAGUUUCGAAAAGAAAAAACCGGUGGAAGGUACCACGAUAAAGAUAUUUACAAUUUUGAUACUGUUGAUGUCUCUGCAGGUCGAGGUUUACGUCACAAGCUACUUUUUCAGUCUGUUGAACACUCUUUGUUAAAAGGGCGACAUCGAUUAGCAUACGAAAUCUUAAGGUCAUUACCUACAGAUGACGACCUAGAUCAAGACUCUCGUGUCGAAAUGCUACGACUAUCUGCGAUAAUCGAAUCAGCUCAUGGCAAUCAUGACGAAGCUUUGACGACAUUAGACAGCCAUUUAAACGGCACUUCAAAACAAAAGUUUCCCAUGUAUUCCCAGAAACUCUGCUUCUUAAAACUUAACAUGGUUAAAUCUCAAGUUUUGAUACAGUCAGGAGUCCCAUUUAAAGCCUUUUCGCUUUCUUUACAACUGAUGGAAAUUGCCAAAUUGCUGGGAUUUCUGAGCAUCUCGCUACAAGGUUGCAGUCUAUUAGUGCAAAUUCUUCGCGUUUCGGGUAAUACUUUGGAUGCAUACAUGCUAGCGCUUUCAGCCAUACCUUUGAUCUUUUGCCUUGAUAAUGUAUCAAUGUCAUCAACCAUUUCGUACGAUCUCGCGCGUUUAUGUUUCGAGCUUCUAAAACACGAUGGAACACCCCCACGUACCGCCAGGAAGGAUCUUUUUGAGCAGUGUUUGAGUUCUUUAAGUAUGAGUAUCUCAGGCUUUAAGAAAAUUGGAGAUUUGCAGGGGCUUUCGAGAUGUUUCGAGCUAGAGAUGGAUUUACAAAACGCAAGUUUGCUUGAUGACUUCAGCCAACAUUCUCAAAAAGCACUCAAGAUAUUAAGAAAGCGAAAAAGUGAGGAAAGUAGGCACAGCUACGUGGAGGGGGGUUUGAUGUGA